AUGCGUGUGUCGACAAUACAAAGUUGGGAUGUACGCCAUUUAGAGCAUGACGUCAUCUAUUGGGAUAUUGUCGUCGUUACGACGUUAGACAAUGUCCAGAAAGAUGCUUAUGAUGCAUUAAUACAACAACGAUCAACAAUUAAUCGAAUACCACUUGGUGUCGACUAUCUUGUCAUUACUGAUCCUGGCAAGAUUGGUAAUGGCGGAAGUACGAUGCAUGCAAUGCAUGUACUUGAACAGAAGUAUGGUUGGGAAAUCUUACGACAAAAACGUAUUUUAUUAAUACACGCUGGCGGCUACUCGCAAAGAACACCGACAACAAGUUGCCUUGGGAAAAUUGCAACGAGUAUUCCAAAAGGCUGGCCAACAUAUGAUUUACUAGAUAUAAAAUUAGCUCUCUAUUCACUAUUUCCCGGUCGUAUGCCUCAUGGUGGUGUAUUUCUCUGUUCGUCCGAUACAAUAGAAUUAUUCGAUGAAUCUCAUGCAAAUACAAGUUGGUUAUUAACCGAUGAUUUCGUUGCAUUUGCACAUCCAUCUUCGCUUACCGUCGGUACACAGCACGGUGUUUUUGUACUUGAUCCAACCGAUAAAAGAAAAUGCAUUUGCGUUUUACAAAAGCCAACCAUUGAACAAAUGAAAAUUCACAAAGCCGUAUGGUGUCAUGGCGAGGAAGAAUUUGUCUAUACGGAUAGUUUAUUUUAUUUUAAUAUGAAUGUCGCUCAACGUUUAGCUGAAGUUUACCGACAGGAACAUAAUAUUCAAUGUGAAAUUGAUUGUUAUGGUGAUUUUAUGAGUGCGUUAGGUAUUUGUCCACUGCCAAGACCGGUAACAAAAGAGAAUGAUGAUAAUCAACAGCGUACAAGAAUAAAGCAAAAAAUUUAUGAUACUCUUCUUGAUUGUCAUUUACAAGUUGUUAUUUUACAUAAAUCAUCAUUCAAUCAUACAGGUACAAAUGAUGAAUAUCUUGAUAUUUGUUGUGGAAUCGGAAAAACUGGUCAGGAAAUAUUCGAAGAAUUGAAAUUAGAAAAACAUGUAGGCUGUAAAGUAUUCGAUGAAGGUCGACACGAUACAAUAGACUUUUGGCAUGGUAUUCUACCUGCAUUACCGCAUGGUGAUACAUUACAUCAUCAACCUUCUGCUCCCGAUGUUCAUGGUUGUGUUAUUCAUAGUUUUAUUCAUCCGAAAUGUCGAUCAUCAAAACGUUCAUUAUUUGAAUAUUGUUGUAUUGGUGUGCCGAUGCAAAUAGGUGACAAUACAAUAUUAAGUAAUAUAACACUGGUAACAUAUUCUGAUUUCAAUCAAACUAUUCUUCAUCUUCCAUCAAAUUUGAUAAUGCAAACAGUUCCAUUAAAUAAUGAAUUAUUUGCAACAUUUGCUUUUGGCUUUCAUGAUAAUAUGAAAGCCACGCAUAAUAAUCUAGAUAAAAUAUUGUAUUUCGGUCAACCGGUAUCGAUAUUGGCAAAAAAAAUUCAUCGAACUAUAGAUGAUUUAUUCGAUGAUGAAAAUAAUCGAUCUUUAUGGACAUUGAAAAUUUUUCCUGUUACAAAAGAUCCCAAUGAAUCAUUUGAAAAAACAUUAAAAUUAAUUAUAUCAGAUGAUUUUACCGUGUCUGAAAAACAAUAUGUAUCAAUUCAAGAGAUUCUCAAACGGCGGGAUAUUUCAUCAGCCAUUCAAUAUAGGUCAAAUCUCAUAAAUUGUACAUAA